UUGCUGCUGGAGCCUGGAGAGGUUCUGCGAAGAGCCGGGCGGACAGGAGCGCUGGCUUCUGCCGCGCGGCACAGACAGAGCUGGGGACACAUCUCCGCCACCCCCUCCCGGCCCUCGCCGCCUGGACUGGGAUGUGAGGAAGGAAAGCCCCAGAGUCUGCCUCCCGUCUUCGGAGGUGUCCCCGAGAGAGCGUUGGAGCUCGCGGCUGGAGUCCCUUCGCCCGCUGCGUCGCGGGACGGGAGCAGCUCCCAUUCCUUGGAAAGAGCGUGGUGGGAUCACCGCCUCCCGGGAGCUCCGCGCAACUCCAGGGCUAGCAAAGCGCGGCUGGACUGUUCCCGCUUCCUUCCAGCUGACCAGGAGUGGGGCACGGCUCUUGCUCGCCUGCCUACAUACCCCGGUGCCCUAGCUUCCCUGGCACCUGCGCCGAUCCCCCAAGCCCGGGCUCCGAGCCCCGCGGCUCCGGGUGCCCGCAGCACUCCCACCCUGGGAGAGCGCGCCAACCAUGGCUUCCUGAGAGCGGGCGCCGCCGCCGUCCAAACAGCGCGCUGGGGUCCCCUGGCUCGCCCCUCUCAGGGGCUUCCGAGAGGCUAAGGAGAGCGCACCAUGAAGUCCGUGCUGUUCAGUCGCUUCUUCAUCCUCCUGCCCUGGAUCCUAAUUGUCAUCAUCAUGCUCGACGUGGACACGCGCAGGCCAGCGCCCCAGCUUACCCCGCGCCCCUACUUCUCUCCCUAUGUGGUGGGCCGCCGGGGCGCCCGAAUCCCGCUCCGCAGGAGCGGUCCUGACAGCGGCACCCGGCGCUGCUUGGAGAAGCGCAACGAAUCUCAGUCGCAACCGCAGUCGCAACCGGAGUCGACGCUGCCCACCAUCUAUGCCAUCACGCCCACUUACAGCCGCCCGGUGCAGAAAGCCGAGCUGACCCGCCUGGCCAACACUUUCCGCCAGGUGGCGCAGUUGCACUGGAUCUUGGUGGAGGAUGCGGCGGCUCGCAGCGAGCUGGUCAGCCGCUUCCUGGCGCGGGCCGGGCUGCCCAGCACGCACCUGCACGUGCAGACGCCGCGGCGCUACAAGCGGCCGGGGCUGCCGCGCGCCACGGAGCAGCGCAACGCCGGCCUCGCCUGGCUACGCCAGAGGCACCAGCACCAGCGCGCCCAGCAGGGAGUCCUCUUCUUCGCCGACGACGACAACACCUACAGUCUGGAGCUGUUUCAGGAGAUGCGAACUACACGCAAGGUCUCUGUCUGGCCUGUGGGCCUGGUUGGUGGGCGACGCUAUGAACGGCCCUUGGUAGAAAACGGCAAAGUCGUUGGUUGGUACACAGGCUGGAGACCAGACCGGCCUUUUGCCAUCGACAUGGCGGGAUUUGCUGUAAGUCUUCAAGUCAUCUUGUCCAAUCCAAAAGCUGUUUUUAAGCGCCGUGGAUCCCAGCCAGGGAUGCAAGAAUCUGACUUUCUAAAACAGAUAACAACAGUUGAAGAACUGGAACCAAAAGCAAAUAACUGCACCAAGGUUCUUGUGUGGCACACACGAACAGAGAAGGUUAACCUAGCCAAUGAGCCAAAGUACCACCUGGACACAGUGAAAAUUGAGGUGUAAGUUAAAGCAGCAAAUGGUUGG